UAAGCUGGAAAACAUAGACUGCGUUAUGGUAUGGUAUGAGCCUUAUUGGGCCCACUAUCAAAGGUAGAAUACAAAAUCCGACUGCGAAAAGCUCUUACCUUUCUCUGUCCACCAACUUUCAUGUUUCAACUCUAUCCCCCCUCUCUCUCCCUUUCUCCACCGUCAAGAGAUGCUCUCAAUUCUGUUUUCUGAUUAAAACAAGAAUCUGUUUAGUUUGAAGAAUUCAUGGGGGGCAAAAGUUCAAAACGCUCAGCUACAGGUCGCUAUGCAUCUUAUAACUCGGGCUCUUAUAACAGUGGCUCUUAUUCAGGGCAUUAUGGUUAUUCGCAAGCAUAUCCUCAGCCUAGCUACACGUAUGCACCACCACCUCCUAAUCAAACAUAUGGUGGCCCACCUCCUGAAUCAAGGAAACGACUGGAAAGGAAAUUUUCAAAAAUAGAAGAUAAUUACCACACCUUGGAGCAGGUCACAGAUGCCCUUGCUCGUGCUGGUUUAGAGUCUUCAAACUUAAUUGUUGGCAUUGAUUUCACCAAGAGCAAUGAGUGGACAGGUGCAAGGUCAUUCCACCGAAAGAGUUUGCAUCACAUUGGGAAUGAGCCAAAUCCAUAUGAACAGGCAAUAUCUAUCAUUGGCAGAACAUUGUCAAAAUUUGACGAAGAUAACUUAAUUCCAUGUUUUGGAUUUGGAGAUGCCUCCACACAUGACCAAGAAGUUUUCAGUUUCUUCUCGGAUGAGAAGUUUUGCAAUGGAUUUGAAGAGGUUAUGAGUAGAUAUAGGGAGUUAGUCCCUCAGCUACGACUUGCUGGGCCAACGUCUUUUGCACCAAUUAUUGAAAUGGCCAUCACUAUUGUUGAACAAAGCGGUGGUCAGUACCAUGUCUUACUGAUUAUUGCUGAUGGGCAGGUGACAAGAAGUGUAGAUACUGGACGUGGUCAACUAAGCCCUCAGGAAAAGAAAACUGUUGAAGCAAUAGUGAAAGCAAGUGAGUAUCCUUUGUCAAUUGUCUUGGUUGGAGUUGGUGAUGGCCCCUGGGACAUGAUGAGGGAAUUUGACGAUAAUAUCCCUGCACGAGCCUUUGAUAAUUUCCAGUUUGUGAAUUUCACAGAAAUAAUGUCAAAAAAUUUGGAUAGAUCCAGAAAAGAAGCAGAGUUUGCCCUUUCAGCAUUGAUGGAAAUACCUUCUCAGUAUAGAGCUACACUGGAGCUCAACAUAUUGGGGACAAGUCGAGGGAAGGAAAUUGACAGGGUGCCUCUUCCCCCUCCUCGUUACGGCACAGAUUCUUCUAGGACGGCAAAACCUUCACAUAGUUAUUCUGGUCCAAGUGCACCUUCUUAUUCUAGACAUGAUUCAUCUUAUCACACGAGUCAACCUCCAAGUUCUUCCGACAACCAUCUUUGUCCUAUCUGCAUUACAAAUCCAAAAGAUAUGGCUUUCGGUUGUGGACACCAGACGUGUUGCGAGUGCGGGCAAGACCUUCACUCAUGUCCAAUUUGCCGGGACACCAUUACCACAAGGAUAAAGCUUUACUGAGUAAUACUCGUUUCAAGAUUCCACUAAAUAGUAGCUGUCGUCUUGAUGCUUCCAAGAACACUAGUUAUGGCAAUGGCGUUAUGCUGCACCAAUCGUUUUAUAACCUGCGUUGGAGCUUCCACCCUCUCGCACUGUAAAUAACCCUUUCCUAUUCUCGAUCUAUUAAGUUGGAGUGAGUUGAUUUUAGAAUUACAUAUCGUCGAUACCUUGUUAAACUGGGCAAACCUGUGCUCAUGUUCCUCUUAUGGACUUGCAAAUCAUGGUCUCUUUUCGGUUUGUCUGUCUUCUCCAAUAAACACAUCCGGCAUCCCAUGAUUGUAUUCUAGGCUUGCCAGUUUUUUUUUUUUUUUUUUUUUUUUUUUUCUUUCAUAAUAUUUUAGGCCUUGUGUCACCUUUAUUUGCAGACUGUACAGUGGAGCACCAUUUAUUUGAUUAAGUUUCAUGCACAGAGCCAGUGAAUCUACAUUCUGAUA